GUGUGUGAAUGUGUGUGUGCGCGUGUGUGUGCGCGCGUGUCUGCGCGCGCGCGCCUCCCUCGCUGUGUCUGUCUCCCGGAUUUCUCCGUGCCUGGAUGAGGAGGCUGCUCCAGCCCUAUGCGGAGCAGAGGUUUUCCCCCGGAUCACCGUAAAUACAGGCACACGCACCCAGUGCACCACACGCAUACACACACACACACACACACACACACGUACGCGCACACACACACACACACACACACACACGCGCGCACAGGCGAGGCACAGAGGCGCGCACGGAGCCGGUGUCCAGUCCAUCCCCACGCCGGCUGCCUUCCCACCACCUCACCGCGCGCAGGCGGCAGCAGCAGCUCCGCGGCGGAUCGCGCUGCCGCCGCCUCGCCGCUCAGCUCUCAGCAACGCGCCCGCGGUUUGAAUCUGCACAGCCUGCAGCCAGAUUUUUUCCCCCCUUUUUACCCCCCUCCUUUUUUUUUCCUUUUUUUUACUGAGGGGGAACCGCUCCGUCUCGCCUUGGGGACAGGCGCCGGGGGCGCCGCGGCUGCCGCUCUCCCGCCCGCGCAUGUGUGCGUGUGCGCGCACCGCUCUCCGCGGCCUCGCAAAAGUUUGCCUGGGCGGCCGGGGGGCUCGCGGGCCGCCGCCCCCGCAGCCGGGGGGCGCCGCGGCGGCGCGCCGGGCCAUGCCGCCGGCGCGGGGGGCUGCGCGCCGGGGCCUGGCGGGGCUGCUGCUGCUGCUGCUGCCGCUGCUGCUGCCGCCGCCGCCCGCGGCUGCCGACGCCAAGGCGCGGAGCUGCGGCGAGGUGCGGCAGGCGUACAGCGCCAAGGGCUUCAGCCUGGCCAGCGUGCCCUACCAGGAGAUCGCAGGGGAACAUUUGAGAAUCUGCCCUCAGGAGUAUACAUGUUGCACCUCAGAAAUGGAGGACAAGUUAAGCCAGCAGAGCAAACUGGAGUUUGAAAACUUAGUGGAGGAGACAAGUCACUUUGUACGCACCACUUUCGUAUCCCGGCACAAGAAGUUUGACGAAUUUUUCCGAGAGCUUCUGGAGAAUGCAGAAAAAUCUCUAAAUGACAUGUUUGUACGGACGUAUGGAAUGCUGUACAUGCAGAACUCAGAAGUGUUCCAGGAUCUCUUUACAGAACUGAAACGAUAUUAUACAGGAGGUAACGUGAAUUUGGAGGAAAUGCUAAACGAUUUCUGGGCUCGACUACUGGAGCGGAUGUUCCAGCUCAUAAACCCCCAGUAUCAUUUCACUGAGGACUACUUGGAGUGUGUAAGCAAGUACACAGACCAGCUGAAACCAUUUGGAGAUGUACCGAGGAAGCUGAAGGUUCAAGUGACUAGAGCUUUCAUUGCUGCACGGACCUUUGUUCAGGGGCUGACAGUAGGCAGAGAGGUUGCAAACAGAGUAUCCAAGGUCAGUCCCACCCCAGGGUGCAUCCGGGCACUAAUGAAGAUGUUGUACUGCCCGUACUGCAGAGGACUUCCCACUGUGAAACCUUGCAACAACUAUUGCCUCAAUGUAAUGAAGGGCUGCCUAGCAAAUCAGGCUGAUUUGGAUACUGAGUGGAAUCUGUUCAUAGAUGCUAUGCUUCUGGUAGCAGAGAGAUUAGAGGGACCAUUCAACAUUGAAUCAGUCAUGGAUCCUAUUGAUGUCAAGAUUUCUGAAGCCAUCAUGAACAUGCAAGAAAACAGCAUGCAGGUGUCAGCAAAGGUUUUCCAGGGAUGUGGCCAGCCAAAACCAGCACCUGCACUGAGAUCUUCUCGUUCUGUCCCUGAGAACUUCAAUACCCGUUUUAGACCUUAUAACCCGGAGGAGCGACCUACAACUGCUGCUGGUACAAGUUUGGAUAGGCUGGUAACAGACAUUAAAGAAAAACUAAAGCUCUCUAAAAAGUUCUGGUCAACAUUACCCUACACAAUCUGCAAAGAUGAACGUGUGACAGCUGGUUCGUCCAACGAGGAGGACUGCUGGAACGGCCACACCAAGGCGAGAUACUUGCCUGAGAUUAUGAAUGAUGGCUUGACUAACCAGAUCAACAAUCCAGAAGUAGAUGUGGACAUCACAAGGCCAGAUACCUUCAUUCGACAACAAAUCAUGGCCUUACGUGUCAUGACUAACAAACUGAAGAACGCAUAUAAUGGAAAUGAUGUCAACUUCCAGGAUACAAGUGAUGAAACCAGCGGCUCAGGAAGCGGAAGUGGCUGUACAGAUGACAUCUGUCCCACCGAGUUUGAUUUCAUCACGACUGAAGCUCCGUCUGUCGAUUCGGACAGGAGGGAGGUGGAGGCCUCGGCCACCCAGCCUAGCCGAUCACUGCCUACGUUGCUCGUCAUCUUCAUCAUCCUCGUACUGCAGAGACAGUGGAGAUAAUCCUGGAUCUGGUUGGAGAAACUGUGUUUUAGCUACAAAAACAGCCAACUUUCUUCUUUUCUUAUACUCUUAGACAAUGGACCAUGCCACAAAUACUUACAGUUUUCUAUGAGAAGAGAGCAGUACUGCAACCUGCUUCCCUUUUUGUUUUCCCAAAGAGUAUCAGGUGCCAGACUGAACUGCUUCCUGUUUUUUUCAGAUAUCUCUGAAGACAAUAUCCACUCUUGAGAUAAUUCUUUCUCAAAUCUUUAUUACAGGAGACUUUCUGAGCUUCAUUUCCUUUUAUGCUGCAGAAGUAAAAGGAUCUUACAGUGUAUGUUUUUCUUAACAAAACAAAGAGGGAGAAAGAAACCAGAAAAAGAGUUUUCUUUCUGAAUCAGGCCUGACUCAAGGCUGCUGCAUUUCAACAGAAAAUAAACGAAAAUAAAAAGACAAAAAAAGAACAAAAAAAUGCAACCAUUCUUCACUGGCAGCCAAGUUUCCUUUAGGAACUUCUGUACAAUGCUUUAGGUCAUCAGAAUGAUCGUUGCUAUUGUAAGGAAGUCUGGAUUUUUUCCAACACAAAGAGUAUGUCUCAACGGUGAAUGUCUUGCACUCCAUCUGCCAACCACAUCAAAUUGGCAUGAAGGUAAAGAAGCUGAAAAAUAAGUUUAUCUUUUAGUAUUAUAGUAACUUCACUAGCUUCAGAAUAUCAUGUUACAGUUGUUUAGAAUUUAAAUCUUUAUCCCCAGUAAAAAAAAAAUGAGUAGUAGCACGAUCUCACCUAGCUUCUUUUAGUAUUUAUCCAUGUUAUAUAAUUGGCACAGAUUUCCACUUAGCUUCCCAUCAACAAUGGUGGUGAUGCUAAACAACUCUCUUGACAAAUCUCCCCUCAAGGGUUCGGACAGAAAAUAAUCUCUUGUGAUAUAAUCUCUUUCCUUUUGUCACUAUUCUGACAUCGAUUAGAAUUUUCUGCUACUAUGCUUAUUACCCUACCAAGAUGGCAAUUCUCUAAUGGACUAACAACAGCAACUGGAUCAAUACUGUGUUUCACAUUUAACUACAUCUUUCAUAUCACUUAAUUUCAGUAUCACAAGGAUUUCUUCUACAAGGUUCAAAAUCAACAAAUAUGUAGUACUGACAUGGAGAUUUCUUUCACUUUUUUAGUCUUAGUAUGAUCAUCUAUUUUUAUAUAUAUAAAUAUAUAUAAAUCACAGAUUUUAACUUCUUAAUUACAAGCUCAGGGUUGACACUUCUUUGUAAGGAAAAAAAUGUUUGGUCAACCAGCUCUUCUUUUUUUGUGCUGCUCUGAAAAGUAACCCUUUAAUGACUGGUGAGCACAAAAAUCAAUGAAGAGGAUUUUUUACAUAUCCAAGUGUCCAUUUCUUAACAGGUUUGUAGAGUGGGAGAGAACACCUGUCUCAUAUCUGUGCAUUUGUGUGGGCAUGUGAGUUUGCGUGAUAGGCCUAGAGAAGGACACGGAGUUUAUUUGUGAGGGCAAUUGUACUCUCAGAUUGUCCAAGGGUACAUUGCUUUAAUAAUCAUUGCCUAAAUGAGUAUGGUCCUGAGUUUCCCUGAUUUGCGUUUGCUUGUAAGACCUGAGGACAGAUGCUAUUUUAAAUCCUGCACAAAUGAGUGUCAGCAAUUAUGUAGACGACAAAACCAUCCCUCUUCCAUCUGCCUCAGACAAAGGGCUUCUGUGACAAUUCCAUGUGGUGUUGAAAUGAUUUGCUAAAAGUUUGUUUCCUGAUUCUAAUGGGGCCUCUGGAAUUGGUACAGACAACACAUGAAAACACUGUAAAGCCAACCGAUCACAUUACAAUUUAACAACAGAGCAGGUAGAUCAUAUCCACUGCAAUCUCUUUUUCCUUUCAAAUUAUAAUUAGCUAUCGAUUUAGGCAUUAAAUUGAAGUAGAAAACACAGAGCACGUUAGGAUAAAGUAUACUUAAGCACUUUUACCAAAAAGUAUUUACAAAAUGUCAAUAUAUUAUGUCUAAUAAUAAACAGCAUAGGUUUUGAGCCACCUGUAUUCCAUUCUUUUUUUUCCCCAUUUGUUGGCUUACUUCAAAGUAGAAUGAUCUAUUCUUCUUGGCCCAGCUUUGUGUACAGGAGUCACAGGCUAGAGGUUCAGGUCAUGCAUUUCAUACAUAGGCCUUAGCCUGCUGCUGUGAUGGUUCACUUGAGAGCAGGUUUCGUGACUGAGCAUUUCACGUCUCCAGGCAGCUAAACAGUAGCAUUUAGGCCAAUUCUCACAAGCGCUCUUGGCUGGCCCUGGUACAGGUACCAGGGCAGGUACCAGGCAGAGGAUCUUUUCUUUUAUUUUUUUUUUCAGAGCUGCAUAUGCUAUUUGCUGUGAGGAGAGCCCUUUAAACUGUCUCCUGGUCCAUCUCUUGCUAUCCAUAUACACGGCCUAUUUACACUAUUCCACUCCAGCAACCUUGUUGCAGGACAGGUUGUGUCAUGGUGGUUUUUCCCAUUAGGCAUUUAUUCAGUGGUAAUUGAUACUAUUUCCACCUGCUUGUUCUGGUGCUGCAAGCUUUCUGACAGGUAAUGAAAUCCAAACCCUCCAAGGCAGGUCCUCCGUUGUGCCUGCUCCGCACUGCUGGUUAAGCAGAAGGGAACAGCUCAUGACUCACAUGGCCUUUGAAUUAGCCUUGGCCUAGGUUAAGGUGAUCUGAUUACUGUUUUCAGCUGCUGCAACUGAAACGGAUGCCCAGUGUGCUCUCAGCUAUUUGUAGAUGUCCAUGGGCAAAGAGUAAGAGGUUGCCUAAGAAACAGAGGGCUUCUGAAGGCUCUUCUCACUCAGGGGGAUGUCCCAGCAAGGAACUUGCAGGAGGGGCCCUGCUCUGCCUGAACUGGAACUUAAAAAUUUUCAGUGAAACAACAAACCAAACUAACCUCUGCUGAAAUGGGAUUGUCUCAUGGGAGUGCUGUCAGAAAUUCAUGUCUUCCAUAUUAUUUCUCUCCUUAUUUUCCUACUAUAUUAUUUGUCUCCUUAUUUUCCUAUUAUGCACAGUGAUGUUUCGUCAGGAGACGGAGAUCCUUUUUGCAUGAGGUAGUAUGCAUACAUUUCUUUAAUAGUCCUUAAAGGUUGAAUAUUCUCUUCAUACAUUGCAUUUUUCAAAGAUUAAGAUAGCUAUUAAAUCUGCAGCACAAACGAAAUUGGGAAUGAAAGAAAGAAAAGAAAGAACAUUUGUGUUCAUAAAUGCGAGAAGCUACAUUAUUUUCACCGCUUCUAUUUGCAUCUGCUUUAGAUCUAAUAACUCUUCUUCUAAGGUAACUUAUAUGUGUGCCACAGUUCAAAUAUUUCUCUUCCGUUAAUGGCUGAUAAAAUAAGAGAUGAUAAAGAAGACAAUUACUUGUUCAGGGAAGAGAGCGUAAACUCUAAGGCAAAGUCCAUGGAUUGCAUAACCCCUUUAUGUUGUGCAACACAAAAGUUCUUGGCGUUUUAUGCUCUUCUAAAGUGAAGGCUCUUAAAAAGAUUAGAUACAGUGAAUAAUGCAAUCAGUGCUGUAGGCUCCUAUGAGGUAUGUCAUUUUACCUUUAACUAAGUUUAUUUUGCCUUAUCCCCAAGUUUUUAGUGUUCAAAAUUUUGCAGUUUUUUUCUACUGAUGAAUCAGUACAACCUGUGGUAACCACAAUACAGACCACCUGAACUCUGGUUACAUCUUAAGCAUCUUAGUGAUUUCAGAGAAGACAAACAGAGAGAAGCUGAAAGAGAAGGUAGAGUGUGUCUGCUAAAGGGGAAGAGCAGAGGAACUUGCAUGGGGUUCUAGUAAAAGCUGAUACAUCCCAGUCCCUCAAGAGGCACACGUGGCUACCAUCACAAAGCUCUGCCCACAUAAGGCUCCUGAAAUCUGAGUCUCAGUGAUAAAAGUCAUCGUAGUUCUGUGUGAUUUUUAGGAGGGAUCAUUCCAGCUGUACAUUCCUACAGCUGUGUGAACCAGUUUCAUCUGCUUCCAUGCAAUAUGGCUAUGAGUUAGAGCUGUUCUUGGGAAGUGGCAUACACAUGCAGAGUCUCAACAAGCAGCAGUUGUCUUCAGUUUAAUAACUGACCCGAAAUCAUUAUCAAAUGUAACUAUACCUAUUCACUGAGAGCUUUUUAUUGUUUUAACAUGAAAAAUAAAUUACAGCAUUGUUGCAAGUGGUUGGUUUUUUUUUUUUAAUUUACUUCCAAAGAUAAUCCAUUAAAACUGAAUACAGAAAACUGUAGAAUGAGUCUACUGGGAAAAUCAAGUUACUACAGAUUUCAUUAUAGAAACAAAUGCCUGGGUAGACUUCACAUAUUAAGAAGAAAUCCACAUUUCAAGAACUACAAAGCUGGUAUUUAUUAUGUUCACCCACAAAUUUUCAAACCUGCCGAAUGAGAACAAAUAGCAUCAACAACAAUAGACAGAAUAUCACAUAGAAUUGCAAAAGUCCCAAUUUCAAAGGUAAAUUGAACAGGAAAAUGCUAAGACUUAGCUGUAGGGUUGAGAAUAUGUUGUCAAAAUGCUAUAGACACAGCAAUGCAUACUUCCAAGAAAAUUAGACCAGGCAAUGCACUGAAUGGAACAAUUUUUCUGUUCCAGAUAUUCACAGACUAUGAUGAUCAUAUUAACCUGUGUAAUUAUGUCCCCUUUUUGAAAAAAAAAGACAAUGAUAAAGAUUGUAGUACCAUGGUAAUAGGGUAAAUAAAAGAUAAACAAAAUGCUAUUAACCAUUUUCUCAUUAUUAAACAGCAGGAGACCUAAUCAAGAACUUUGAAAUCAAUUUUAAAAUAAACUUUUAGCAAUAGGAAGGAGAGUUGAUCUUGAAGUAAUUUGGUCAGAACAUUUUUAACAAUCUGUCAUAUUCAAAUGUUCUGACCAGUAUAACGAAACAGUCAUUAGAGGAUAAUUUACCAGUGUAACAUGAAUUGUUCACUUAUUGUACUUGCUACUUUUUCUACUAAACUACAUAGCUUCCAAUUUUGAUUGUGCAUUGCAUAUGACUGUAUAACAGUCUUGUGCUUUGCACCUGUGUGAAUCCCAUCCCCAUUGACGUAAAGGGGAGUUUUGUCAUUAACUUCAACGGAACAAGGAUUUUGAUUAUAUUCAUGCAGAGAAAGAUAAGCUCUUUCCUCUGGAAGUUGUUCGUAUUUGAUUUCUUUCUGACUCUGAGUGAAAGGAAAGCAGCAACAUUCUCCAUAAGAAAGAUGACAUUAGCAUCCUCACCUGCAAGUUUCCAAACUUUACUAGAAAGCAGUUGCAGUCUUCCUGACUGGCUCCCCCAGAGCUGUGGACUCUGGGCUGCCCAGAAGUUGAAGGAAGUCACAUAGGUUUAUCCAUGGCUUAAAGCUGACUCCAUUGAAAUCAAACCAUUUCAAGAAAAUGGAUCAGUGUUUCAAUCAGUUCUUGUUUCAGCUUUCUUCUAAUUAUGUUGCCUUGAUACUUACAGUCUAAUAUGUGCAUGAAGGGCUUUUGUCUCACGAUACACUGAAUAUGAUUUUUCUUCUUGUGUAUCCUCCUCUAUUCUGGCAGCAGGAAAUCCGUAAGCCUUUAUGCUUUAAGCAAUAGGCAUCAUCCAGUGAUGUAGCUUGUUGACUAUACUAAAACCAGCCAUGUUACCAAAGGAAGUUUCCUCUUACUUGGGAAGGAUGAGGGAAAGGGAGUAUCUAUUCACCACUAAUAAAAAAGAAGUAUAUAAUAGCAGCUAUUCUCUUAGAUAUACUAUGAUCUGUUAGUAUCUCUGGAGACCUUUGAAAGCAGAAUUUCCACAGAAGACAAAUUUAUAUCCUCUAAAUUAAUAAUCAGUACAAUUUCCAUUCUUGAAAAAAUAGUGAAGUGUACAGCUUUUAGUUCCAAGUGGCAGGGAAGAUGGAAAGAAAUCGUCCUUCUUUAAAAUUAGAGGCUAGUCAUUUAGUCGGUUAUGCUGCUGUAACUCCUGGAGCUUCCUUUAUAUCUCUUUUGGGCUUUGCUGAGCUCCCACUCAGAUCCUCUGAAACCAAGAUCCUUCUGGGAGUGUGAAUCCUGUCGGCAGACAGUAGUGUUUGUUCUUCAAAGAUGGUUAGAGAGACAGCUGAGCAAUGAGUAAGAGAAGCAAUGAUUUCCUAGUGAAACCUAGCAGAUUUAUGAUGAUAAAGGAUUUACAAUGAAUGGGAUUGCAGAAUAUGUGAUGGAUAGCUAAUGCUCCUCACUGCUUUCCAGGUCUUCCUUCUUAUCUAUUCUCUGUGAUUUUUUUUGUGUAAUCUAGUUAUACUCACACAUAUAGCAAAGACCCAAAUACUGCUUCACAAGUCAAUGAUAUUUCUGCAGUCUGAUAGGUCUCUCUCUCUUCUUCUUUUCCAGGUACUUUGUUUGAUUCUGUAUCUUUCAAUAUGUGAGGAAGAACUUACUAUAUGAAACAGAACUCUGUGCAUCAGUAGUCCUUAUUCUUAAAAAUAUGAAUUAUUUAAACACAAAAGACCAUCAUAUCUCUUAAAGAAGGACUCUUCUCCACUGCGCAUCUAGUCAGUUUUCUUGUUAAGCCUAAAGAGGUCUUUCACAUGGGCUCGGGGAUAACACGACUUCCCAUUGUUGAACCAAGGUUUAGCAGAGAAUUGAACCUCCCAUGUUCCACUAAACACCCCAAGCAGAACAUUCUAGGUGAACAGUGGUAUUUCUUCCCUCUCCUCCUCUCACUCUUCACCUCAAAGUACCAUCCUGUGUCUGAAAAAUCUUUCAAAAUGAAUGUUUCAUCAAAGCUAGUGCAUUCCAGCCAAAAGAUCCUUUUUGACCAUUGGUGUUUUCUGACGGUAAACAUUUCUGACUAAAACUUCCUAUCUGCCUCUGCACCUCCCAUGUGCCACACAUCCUGUCUGUCUUUGGGUCACCCGAGUCCCUGUGACCACGUUCUUCGCUAGGCUUAACUGUCUUCUCAGGCACUUCAAGCUGACUGGACUUUCUGUCUCCCUUCCCAAGAGCUCUAUGUCUGUGGAAGCCCGGUUCAUACUUCUUUUUUCAGAGGAUAUAACAACAAAGAGAUUUGGUCCACUUAUUCUUGUUUUGUCAGGCUUUAUCAGGCCCUACCUUUAGCCUUUAUUCUCUAUUCUAAAUAUGUACUUCUGUGUGUGUUCUUGACCAUCUGUUGUAAAUCAUGAUGACUAUUCUUCAAUCUAAUGCAUUAUUAGAGCUUAGAGACUACAUUUUGACUCACUCAUUCUGUGGUGGCAAAAUUUUCUUUCUUCCUUGUGACUAAAGCAUACAGUUUGAGUUUUGUUAUUUUCUCUUGUGCUGAGGAGUCAGCAAAGCCAAAGAGGGAUUUUGAAAAUUUGUGAGGGAUUUCGAGAAUUUUCUAUAAUAAGAUUAACUCAUCAGGUAGCAACAUCAGUAAAUAUUUCAUAUCAGUUCUGUAUUUGGUAGUUUUGACACUUGGGGCUGUAUUUUUUUUCAUUUUAUUUUGACAUUCUGGUCUUCAUUUGAUUUACUUUCACAUUAGCUAUGCGUAUAUUACAUUAUAUGCAUGCAGUGUAAUUAUAGAUGAACUGUUUCAGUCUUUAGAUAAAGCAAAUUUCAAGUAGUCAGCUGAUCUUAGUCUGUUCAUAUCAGCUACCGAGUGAUGAACACUCUUAAAAAUCUGUCCAAAGAAGAGAAGUUUGAGAAGUUCAGAUCUUAGCUUUAUGCUAUUUGUUGAGUUUGAGGCUGCAAGAAUAUUUUCUAAAUAAUGUGUGCAUAUGUGCACGUACUGGGAGGGAAGGGAUCACUUUCACCUUCAAAGCACUCUGAAGCUUCCUUCCAGCUUUUGUCUAAUCUGAACACAAAUAUGCAAACAAAGACUUUGCAUUCUGAUGUGUAGGGAUAUCAAACUGCAUAAAGUUGUGGACAUUUAUAUACAGACUUCUCCCAGAUUACUUUGUUUUGUUGGUAAGCAAUAUCACUCAAUAUCCACUAGCAGCUUUGUUGCAUUUAGCAGAUUCAAAGAAAGUGUGUUGCUUAAGGAGGUCAGAUGUCUUGAUUUGGGUAUCAAUUGACAUUUAUAUUUGCUUGUUAAACUUUUACGACUCUAGACAUAUGAACAUUGCUUGAAAGCAUGCAAAUUGUUAGCUCCAGUUUUGAUGCUGUAUUUCUGUAUUAGUAUUUAACAUAGUUAAAUGUGAAUUGAUAGUGAAGAUGUUUGGUUGCAAGUCAAGGUUAGAAUAGAAUUAACAGAAAUAGGGUUGGGUUGAAAAAGUCUUAUUAAACCUGCUGUUCUAGAGAACCAGUUUUAACAUUUCAGCCUAAUCUGAGACAAAGACAACAACAGGUCUUGUUUAUAGAUCGUACCUGAAACUAAACGAUACAGCUUCAGUUUUGGGAGAGUUCCCAUCAAAAUAAAAAUUAAAAAAAAAGUUCUCCCAUCUCUAUAUACUCUAUUUAGCAGUGUAUAGCAGUGUAUAUAUGCAUAGCAGUGUAGCAAGGCGGAGUCUGAACUUUUAAGGAAAAGAUUCUUUAUGACUUUAUAACUCCAGAAAAGCAAUGUACCAUGGAGAGAAAUAGAAAAAUAUAUAAAAAUGUUUUGAUACGUUCCUGAAAUAGGUUUCACAGAGCCCAAUAUUUUUUGUGUAAAAUGCCUUAAAUCACUUUCUGUAGGGCUAAUGCAAUUGAAUUUGUUUCUGUAUAUAGCCUUUUAUGAUAAUUACUUCGGAUGCAACACUAAACUUUCCUUUCCACUACAAUCUUACACAGCCUUAGGAUUCCUAACUACAAUAGAUGGACCAUGGAAGCUCUGCUUUAUUAGCUGUAAAUGCACUUUCAGUCCAGCUUACGCUUAGAGGUUGAAAGUGAGAAGAGGUGGUGGUGCCGAAAGCACUGAGACCUACCUGACAGGCCAUCCCUAAGUUCUCUCAGGCUUGAAAUCCUCUCCUGCUGACUCCUUAUCCUUUCACCCCAUUUGUCUUCACGAAAACCAUCUGUGUCUUAGGGCCUAGAGUCAUCCCACCUAGCACUAGGCACGUCAGUGAGCACCUCGCUCAGCAGGGAGGUCUUUCUCAGUCUCUGCAGAUACUCAAAAGAAAUAGGCACUGCCAAAUCUGGACUGUUCUUGAGAAGGGACCUAUUUUUUCUUCCCCACGCAGGCAGCCUGGAAUGACAAAGCCUGUAAUUUAGGCAUCUCACUUAAGUGCCUGUAGUUAGAUGCCAGCGAUGAGAUUGGGGGAUCCAGGCUUAGCCCAGACUGUUUCCUGUCCUGCUCCUUGUCUGCACAAUGGUGUUUCGUCUUGAUGUCAUCACUGGAGUGAGGAGUUGAGGGGGAGUGUGGGGAAGUCAUGGUAUAACGACUCUUUCAUUUCCUGGCCGAACCAAUCCUGAUGUAACUAGAUGUACAGCUCAGUCUGCGCUGGUUGUUAUGAAUUCCGUGUAUUGCUAUUACAUCUGCAGUCUUUAUAAGACAUCUGAAUCUGUCAACUUUCCUAGCUACGAACAUGCAACACAGCUGCCUUCAACCCUGUAUGCACAAGGGGUUGGGGCUCAAAAUGAUCUCUCCUGAAACCCCACAUGCCUUUCACAGGCUGGUGAAAGCUGUGCACAGGGCUCAGGCCAGCUCAGAGAGUUAGCAAAGAGUAAGGUACCAGCACUGAAGGACAGAAAGGAGAUUAAUAUAGUGCCUCACGAGUGAGAACUGCGAUAAAGAUACCCUUCAGGUUUAACCAUUAAUGCACUUAGUCAUUUGUCAAACUCAGCCCUUACUGCUUCAACAAAAGGAAAAUGCACAUUUUCUAAGAGGUCAGUAGAGGAAGAAGGCUGAUAUUCACUAGAUAGUACUGACAAACCUCUAAUACACCUCAUUCAAAAUAGCUGAUUGUUAUGACAUAAAAUACCUUCAAAAACCUGAAAAUAACUAAGUGCAACUUCCUCUGUACCUCCUGCCAACUCUUGGGACUCCAUAAUGAGGAAAUACUUUUUCUUUCCCCUACCCUGCUGUUUUGGGGUUGGGACUUAACAUGCAGCAGAGACCAGAAGUCCAAGCUGUAAAGCAUUCUGCUUCUGACUUUCUAAGUCUCCUGCUCUUGCGCUAUUUUCCUUUUUGUAUUUCUGAGAACGGCACACGUGUGUAGUAUAUGUGAGCAUGCACAUCUCUCCCUAUACACACAUUUAUUUACACAUACAGCCACACACAGAUGUCUAACAUACAUACAGCCACAAACCAGUAAAUUUCAAGUGCAUACACUACAAAAGGAUUAUUGUAUCGGAAGGACUCCACUUACUACAGUGCUUGACACAGACUUGAACAGCACAAUCCCAGGCUGGGACUUCUGCUUUAGAGAUGAUUAUAACUUGGGUCUCUAUAAAUGUUUUUGCAAUUUUCUGAAAUAGCUGUGGAAAAGGGUGAGUCCACAGAUAUGAUUUCACAACACCUGCUAAUGCUAGUAAAGAAACAAUAAAAAAAAGAGAACCAUACAGAUAAAAACAGCAAUUUAGAUGGUAUCUCAUUCUUAAUAUUUUGGGGCUCUGCUGCUAUGAAUUUGGUUAUUUCUUGCUCUUGAUCUGAACAUGAGAAAAACCUUUAAAAGCUCACCAAGCCUUUCAGGAUCCCUGUCUCCUUCCCACUUUCAGACUACCAUAAUUGCUAAAUGAUGACUUUUCUAUAUUCAUGAAAAUAUAUCCUUCAGAAGUGAAGAGGGUAAAAUACUGAUCAGAAUUCUCAUCCUGUUUUCAUUUUUUUAAGAUGAGAUUCAUAAUACACAGGAGAGUAUCUCAUUUCUAAUGGCAUCAUCUGGCCCCCCCUUAACUGAAUUACAGAUUUAUAAUCAUACUGCCACUGUCCAUCAUCCAAGAACUACAUGACACAACAACACACAAUGGAUUACCUCUGCAGCUACUGGAUCUUUUUCAUCACAUUCUUCCCCAACACUUUGCUUCACGGAGUUUUGAUUAGUAGAAAUGCAUUCAGAAUCCCCUGUGGAGAGAAAGAAGGGAAGUUUUUGACAUUUUCAAGACAAUUUCAGAUGGUUCUGUUUGGCCCAUUGCUUUUCCAUUUACCCAUGAGUCUUUACUAAGUCCAGGGCACAACAGUUAAUGUGGUUUUCACAGAGCAGUGUUCAGUAAUGUAAAUAUCAUUUCUUCCCUCAAGCCUUAGACAGAAUUCUGUGUUACUUAAGCUUGCUUCUUCCAUGAUUUGUCAUGUCAAUGAUAUUAAAGCUGAUAUUUGGAAACCAUAGAACAGCCAGACCAUAAACUGCUGUGUUCCUGUCCAUUAGUAAGAAAAGUUUGACUGCAGGGAUAUUUUGUUGGAAGGGUUGUAUUAACAGUCAUUUACAUACAUAUAUAUAUAUAUAUAUUUGUAGUGCUGCACCUGCUUCUUUCAUGUACCUUGAAAUUACUACCAGAUAAUGAAUGACCUCCUAUUAAACUCAUAUUUUGUAACUGCAUCUUCUUGAAAUAUAGGCAUUAGAAGAUCUUGCUGCUCUGCCAAGGUAUUUUUGCCUGGUACAAUAUUGUGUUACUAGACAAAGGCAUUUGAUAAAGGCCAUACAUUUUAUUUUCUAAAUCAAUACUUUCUUUUGCUGCCUGUUGAAAAAAAAUCUUUUUAGUGCUUACAACACAUUUGAGAGUUAGAGUAGGAUUGUAAUAUUCAGUAACAGACUGAGACAAUAACUAGCAUUUUUAAAGAUUGAUUUUAUUUGCCUUGCCUUUUGCCUGCAAAUGUUAUCCACAUAAUGCUUUUCAGACAGAUCGUACCUUGUUAGUUUCCCUGCUUCAUAGUAUACAUAUAUUAAUGAAUACGUAUUUUCAUUGACAACAGUGUAAGGCAAGUUAUUUCUCUCAGUGUUAUUCUACUGUUUAUUCAUGUGCAUAUUUUAAAUUUGCAAUGGCUUGUUGUAAAGUCUAAUUGAUUGUCACUGAUUACUAGCCAAAGCUUUGCUUUCUUUAAGACAGCAUUACAUAAAAUCCUGAUCAUUACAUACAAGUUUAAUUCUGACUAUUAGACAUUAAGGAUAUUCUUCUCAAAAUCAAAGAAAACUCUGUGACUGCCAGUUUAUUUCCACAAAGACACUUUGUUGAAAAUAUUAGAAAACACCUUGUUUCCAGUUGUCUUUACUGUGAGAAAUAGAGAGACUUUCCUCCAUUAAACAAGAAGGUAUAUUAGACUAUGUAUUAAUCUUGCCAUAACUGGACUGGUAAAGCAUUAAAAAAUGGAAUUCAUGAUUAACUAAGUCUCCAUAGCAAUAUCUCACCCAAAAAGAUCUGAUUGCUUGUCAGGAAAGUCACACAAAGUCAUAUGCAGACCAUCUACUAUAGGCAUCCAGUUGCAGCUACUACUGUGGCAUACAAUGUCAAGAGAGCAAUGAGCAAAUCCAACUAGCUACUGCCUAAUGCCAUGAGAACUUGACUGCCUAUACACUCAUCAAACAGAAAUAAGGAAACAUAUUCCGUCCACCUGCUGUAGGAGCAUAAAUUACACGUUGCGCCAACUUCUCUCUGUUGACAGUACAGAGAAGCCUUGGUCUAGCCACACAGUAUAAGUGGUGUGAAUGAUCCGUAACUAUCUCCAGCUUAGAAACUUUUACAGACACACACAAUGCCCUAGUAGAUGGUCUGCAUGUAGCCCAUUAAUAUUGAGUUAAGUAUUGAGGGUAUGUGAUCAGUAGCAGUCAUUUCUGGUGAGGUAACUAUCCCCAUGGUUUGCGGAUACGGACUCCAUAAUAUGACUUCUCCUUUCAAUCCAAAGUUUAAAAAUGUGACAGUAAUGUGGACAACAUAAUUUCAGCUGUGUGAGGACUAUGCAAUGGAGGAUCAGAAAUGCCUUCCCCAGCCUCUCUGGCCCUCCUUCCAUUGAAGCUAGUGAGAGUUUGCCAUUGACUCCAGUAUGAGAAGAAGCAUAUCCAAAAAGUUUGAUACUAACCAUUUAAAUUUUGUGCUUGUAGCCUCAGUGUCUACUUAUCAAACAACACUGAUGACACUUACUUUAUUAGUUCAUAAUUAUAAUAGUAAUAAAGUGUGGGGCAAUCUUUUACACUGUUGCUAAUAUAUUCAGUACUGUAUGUAUAUAUACUUGACACCUCAGUGAAGACUUUGACAUGCCUUAUUCAUUCUAGUUAUUUUUAUGGUAUUGGUUUUGUUAGAUUGCUUUACCAUAUAAAGAAUAAAACUAUAACUGCUCUGACUUAAAA